CACUGGAUAUAACCGUAAAGUCAGCCAGUGGGAGUGGUGGCGGCAGCAGCACAACCAGCACCACCACCAACACCACCACCAGCACCACAGCGAGCCCCGUGGAGGGAGGCCGGGAAGGGGGCGGAGGAGGUGGAGGCGGAAGCGGAGGUGGAGGGGCACGGGAGGGGUCAAGCGGGCCUCGGCAGCAUACCGGCGUGUACCACUGCUGCGCCUUCUGCUCCAGCGGCGGGGACAAGACCGCCACCUGUGCCUGCGGGGCGACCAUUCACGGUUACAUGGGGUGCGGCCACAACCACAAGGGCCAUCCGGGACAGAAGCACUGGUCCUGUUGCGCCCAGACGAGCCCCACGGCGGCCUGCACCAGACCGCUCUCCCAGUACUACCAGGUGACGCUGUAACGCUUCACAAACGUGCUAUUCCUCAGUGCUUAACUCUGCAGUGUUUGGACGAGCCUGCCUGUCACAACAACCGGCUACUUAAUAUUUAUGUCCUUCACCAUCAGUUGUGUAAAGUGGAUUAAACGUGGCGUAUUUAUGAAACCCGAUCUCCUCAUAGCUCUGUCCCCCCAGCACAGGCGGUGGCGUGUACUCGGGAGGACAAAAUGUUACAAAAAGACUGCUUGGUUUCAAUAUUUUGUGUCGUCUUUGUGAUUCAUCGGUUCCCGUAAUUUGUGUUAGUUCCAAUCAUUAUGGAUGUGGUGGACCCAAGCAGUGUGUUGUAGGCGUGUGUGUGCCGCUGAGGAGCACGUUCAUCUGGCCGGCGUUCUCGUUACGCGGCGACCUUCAUGUAAGAGUAUCGGACACUAACCACCCAUGUCACCUUUAAGACGGCGCGCGGCAACCCUGCAGCGAGAGGGAGCGUCACGACACAGCCUGACACCUGCUGUGGUCGCCCCUCGACGUGUUAAAGGAUUACGUCUUGAAGUGUUUAUCACUGUCGUGGAUCAUCCCUCCUUUCCACUUCAAGAGCUGACUGCGGCUCCCUGGGCAGGCGUGGCCCUCUCAACACGGCUGCCCCGCGCUAGGAGGGCUGAGCGCGGUGGCUAGCUCUCUGUGCCUCUCUGUGGGUGUUGUGGCUUCAAGAUAAUAUUCAACGUUAAUGAAGAUAUAUUUUCUUUUAAUUUCCAGAGGCAAAGUACCGAAGUGUAUUUUGAUAUGAAACAUCUGUAAGGAAAUGCUCAAUUCAGUAUACGCGGUGACUUGUUUGGAGGAGGGAUUCAGUUCCACGCGCGGCCACCUCACUGGUUUGCCGCACUCGCCGAUCAACAGGAUUCGCCUGCACCAAGCAUUCUGCCGAGCGCCAGCCACUGAGGCGGCGGCGGUGGUCAGGAUUCCGCCGGCGCCGUGACGGUUGUGGUGAGGCGGUGGACGACUCGCAGGCCAUCGGAAGCUGCUGGAUAGGAUGAAACAAUUCCAUUUCCUUUAUUUUUUCACGUGGCGUAAUAAUUAUGAAUGUAUAUUGAAAGCUAUAUCUGUUUCAUGAUGAGUAAGAAAGUUUACAUCAA